AUGGACUUUGAUGGAGAAGGGGUGUUUGAUGAGCACCUUCAGCGACAAGCAUCAGAACCCAAUGGUGAUGAUGAAGCUCCAGAAGUUCAAGAGUCAGAAGGACAGCAGGCACCACGGAAACGAAGGAGAACUGCCAAAGCAGGCGUUGGUGAACGCGCUGCUGCAAAGACUUGCUUUGCAGGAAGUUGCAAUGUGGAAUGUGUCAAGGGCAAAAGGUGGUGCCCUGAUCACAAUCGCAUGUUUGAUGCAAUGAGCUACCAUGCAAGAAAGGACAAGGAAACUGAGGCUUUCAACAAGGUCAUGUCGAAUGCAAUUGAGGCAGAGCGAGCCUUCAAUCGGUUCAGUGAGGACAAUCCAGUCGAUGGAAAAUGGGCCCGAAAGCGGUUCAUUGAGUGGAGCCAGUUCAAGAGGGAGCAUUCUUUGGCAAUCGUUCAGUGUGAUCGCCGAGGUGCCAAGCCAUUUGAAAAAAAUCAAUGGCUCCAAAGAGGUAUGCACAAAAUGGGUUGGUCCAAACAGCAGUGCUUGACGGAGUGGGAAAAGCAUGCCAAAGACACGUCUGUUCACAGAGACAGUUUGGGCCUUGAUGGAUCUUUGCGUUUGUGGAUAACAGUUGUCGAGGUGAAGACUGAGGAUGUAGAAAGGACAUGGUUUGGGAGGAAAAGUACAAGCCGUGUGGAAACCAGCACAGCGGAAAAGAACUUGGGCGAUGCGGACAGGGACUUAAAGUUCUCAGAAGGUUUGACGGCACGGAAGGACAAGAUGCAGAUCGCAUGUGAAAAGCUCAAUGAGGCCAAGGCGAAGUUGGGGGAAGCUUUUUCUUCAGAUCAGGACCAGGAACAAAAGUCAAAGUCUUCCGGCAAUGAUGUGCUCUCUUCUUACACUACGCUUCUUGAGACUUGCCUAAAUAUUUGUGCGGCCUGGCUUGACCCCGUUUCACUUGAGCAAUUGGAAUCUGGAUCAGAUCAGCAACCAGAUGACAAGGACAAGGACAAGGAUAAGAAUGGUGAAAAAGUGCCGACGCCACCUGCAGUUCAUCAGAAGCAAGAGUAUUUCUUGGAUUGCUUGAAGAAGGCAGAGUCGCAGGUGAGGCUUAGCAAUGGUGAGAUGGAGAUUUCGAGCCUUGCCAUAUGCGAAUUCUGUCGCCACCUCGUGAUGACUGCAACCUCUUCAACAUGGCUUGUGGAAUUUGAGUCAAAUAUGAAAAACACCUGGGCAGUGCAGGAUGUAUUUCAGAAGUCCCUUCUGAGAAUUGCCAAUGAUGUGACAAGCUAUGUCAACCAAAAGGCACGUAAUGCCAGGAGAAAUGAAGAAAAGAAAAAGAGGGAAGAAGAUAGUCGGGCCACGAAGGCUCGCAGGGCAGAAGCGAAGGCCCAGGCCCAAAAGGUGAAGCAAGGCAAGAUUGAAGGGCAUCCCAUUUUUGUCAUCGACGAGAAGAUGUUUCGUCCUUUCCAUGAUCGAUCCAAGCGAACUCCGUGGACGAGCGAGCGCUCCAAGACAUGGCGCAACCAUCCCAAUGUCUCUGUUCGGUUGUCAGAGUUCGGUGGGACCUACAAGCAAACAGCUUCGUUCAAGUCAGAUGGCCGUAGCAUGGCGCCCAUUCUUCGAAACCAAGGCAAAAGUGAAGCAGAUUCUUUGUGGGCAGCAAUGUUUCCUUGUCAGAAAGUCCUGGACAUUUCGAAAAUUCCAGAAGGAAGUUCGUUCAUGGAGAACUGUUGGUAUUUUGGGUAUGACCCAAAAGGGUCUUGGGCUCACUUCGCUCCAAACGGUGCAGGGAUGAUUCGGUGUCUCGCAUCUGGUGAGAUGCGGGUCAUUUGUUUCGGAGUCAAAGAUGUUUCGGACCGGAUGACUGAGAAGGGACUUGUCUUGAACCUGGAGAAGAUGACGGAGUUCGUUUUGUCAUUGGCGGCAGAUGAUCCGAUAGUUGCCAAGGGCUUUGCUGCCCAGAUUUGCCAAGAUGAUGUUAUUUUUGUACCACCAGGAAUGGUUUUGUGUGAGAAGAGUACAUCUUCCAUUCUUCUUUAUGGCGCCCGGAAGUCCUACAUCUUGAAGAAUGAUGCGGCCAUGGAGUCCUACCAGAUUUGCAUUGACAUGUUACAGGCUUCAGGCCGCGAUCCUUCGAAAAUGAAGUCAGUUGUCCAGCUCUACAAAACUUCGGCCGAGAAUGUUGCUCCUGAAGCAGCUGCAGCUGGGGUUCCAUCCCCAAAUAUUCCCUUGGAGAACGUGGAAGCGAGCAAGAUUGACGACGAGAAGAAGGAUGCGGAAAAGGCCGCUGGGCUGACUUUUGAUAGGUCUCUUUGCGCUGGUGGCCUACAGGUCUACUCGGACUAUAGUGGAAUGGCUGGCGAAUAUGAGUUUCUUUUCCAAUUGGGAGAAGCUCUGAGUCCCAAAGUGAACUUCACGGUGAUGCACAGACGCUUUUGUGACAUCAGCAGAGUUUCUCAAUGCAUUUUGAAACAGAUUGCCCAGACAGAAGUUGAUGAUGAGCCUUGCGUUUUGUGCGACAUCAACAGCAGACUUCCUAAGCACGCACUUUCUUGGCUGGAUGCCGCGAUGCCAUCGCCUGAAGACAGUGCAGAGUCCAGUGCAGCCAGCUAUCGCUCUAUGGAGAGAUAUUUGAUGGAGAACAGGCAUACAAUUUUUCCCAAUGCCACAACAGAUUGGUGUGUUGUGCACAAUCGCCGCUGUAGCUUGUUUCCUGAGAGUUGCCAACCCGAUGAUGACCAGCUGCAACCGUUAGUUAUGAACUUUGCUGGAACCACUUGCCGUGGUUGGAGCUCGGCCGGUAAGAGCCGGCAUUUCAGCGAUCCUUCAGAGAGACCACAUGCUGUUUGGGUCACUGAGAGGCGUUAUCGCGCUGAAGAGUUGCAAGAAGCACUUUUCUUUUCUGAGUGUACGCCAAGAUACCCUGUAGAGGUGACAGUGAGGGUCAGGGCCGGGGAGAGGAAGAUGGCCCGGGCCCGUGGACAUGGGUUUGUUACUUCCGGUGCCAAGCUGGAGAAACACCAAAUCCUUGCACCAGGCCAGCUGGUGCGCCUUGAGAACUACGAGAAACUUUACGCAGAAACUGGCAUGACUGAUCAAAGCUUCUUUGCAGAUUUGGAUCAGAAUGUGACAGGUGCGAGCACUGCAGGAAGCAUGAUUCCCAGCCUACUGACGCAUGGAACUAUGUACGCCUUGCAUGCAGGCCGUGUUGUAUGCCCAGAUGAGCUCUAUGUAUCGCAUGGAUACAACGUUGUGCCAUUGCCCAAGAACUCUGCAGCCACAAGUUGCCGAAUCAAAAGCUUUUUGAAACAAAUGCCGACGCAUCAGCGGCUACAUCUUCUGGGAAAUGCGUGGCAUCUUCCAGUAGUCAGUGCGUGGUGUCUGUACGUACUGUCACAUUGCGUGUGGGUCAACAGAAACAUGACAGUGCAACCGGAACGGUCUUUGCUUCGCAAGGGCGGCUCACGGUUAUGUGAGUUGGAUUGGGAUCAGUCGCCAGAAAAAAAACGCAAAGAAACGGCCGACGACAACCAGUAG